ACCCCAUUCAUAUUCAUAUUCCUCUCUUCCUUUUCUCAUCUUUCUCCUCCAACCAAACAGUUUUAACUUCCUCUCUCCUUUUUCCUUCUUCACCGACUAAUUCGCAAAUGGAAGGCAGUUGCACAGACGAGAGCACGACCAGCGAUUCCAUAUCGGUUGCGCCGGCGUCGGCUUUACCGGCGGUGAAGUCGCCGGAGAGCCUGUGCCUGGUCGGAAGCGGGACCAGCGUGGUUCUGGACGCCGAGGGCGGCGUCGAAGCCGAGUCCCGGAAGCUUCCAUCGUCACGGUUCAAGGGCGUGGUUCCGCAGCCCAACGGCCGAUGGGGCGCCCAAAUCUACGAGAAGCACCAGCGGGUCUGGCUCGGUACCUUCAAUGAAGAAGACGAAGCCGCCCGGGCCUACGACGUCGCCGCCCAGCGGUUCCGUGGCCGCGACGCCGUCACGAACUUCAAACCAUUGUCCGAAAAUGACGAGGACGAGGCCGAGCUGGCGUUCCUGAACUCCCACUCCAAGGCCGAGAUAGUGGACAUGCUCCGGAAACACACAUACAAUGAUGAGCUGGAUCAGAGCCGCCGGACCUACGAAUUGGACGGCGGCGGCAAGCGGGUCAACAAAGGCAAAGCCGUCAAUUCACUGGGCUUCGACGGAGUCGUGAAGGCAACCGAACAGCUCUUCGAGAAAGCCGUAACGCCGAGCGACGUCGGGAAGCUCAAUCGCCUGGUUAUUCCGAAGCAGCACGCCGAGAAGCACUUCCCGUUGCAGACAGGAAACGCUUCAAAGGGCGUGCUGUUGAAUUUCAAGGACGCCGCCGAAAAAGUGUGGCGGUUCCGGUACUCGUACUGGAACAGCAGCCAGAGCUAUGUGCUGACCAAGGGGUGGAGCCGGUUCGUGAAGGAGAAGAGCUUGAAGGCCGGCGACAUUGUGAGCUUUCACCGGUCGACAGGCCCCGAAAAACAGCUUUACAUCAACUGGAAGACGAGGAAUUGGCCGGACGUAGCCGCCGUAGCCGGGUUCCCAGUCCCGGGGAACCCGGUCCAGAUGGUGAGACUGUUUGGAGUGAACAUAUUCAAGGUGCCGUCAGACAACGGCGGUGGUUGUGGCGGCAAGAGGAGUAGAGAGAUGGAGUUGUUAGGGCUAGAAUGUAGCAAGAAGGCAAGGGCCAUUGGAGUGGCUUUGUAACAUUUUGUUUUUUGUUUUCGUAUUGAAAUGAAUGUCUCUGUGAAUGGUGUUGGGGGGAAAGGGAAAGGGGAAGGGGAAGGAGGAGGAGGAGGGUGGUGUUGGUGUUGGUGUUGGUGUUGGAAGCUGUAAACAUGAUGAUGAUAAUCAAUUGUAUAUUAUCUUACAGACACAAGCUGAGUUAAGAGAGCUCAAAUUAGGUUGAAUUGAACAAUUGGAAAAGCCCAAAGGGACAAGACACUAUUGCAGAUUGAACUCUCGAUUUGUUCCAAUAUUAUUCAUGUGUUCCACUGUUUUUCUUUC